UGAAAUUUAAACAGAAAAAAUAGAUUGUGUAAACUAUACACUAUACAGAUUACAUAAUAAGCACUUUGGGAACAGAUGCGCAUUUGUUUCUUACUUAUAUAAUAGGAUGGUAGUGUUUGUUGAAGAUUGCUGCUAAAGAAGAAAAGGGGACAAAGUGGGUACCUCAUCUCUUCUUUUGUUCUUUUGUCCAAAAUAUUUUUACUUCUUCAACUCUGAUAGUUUCACAAUCCAAGGUUAAGAGGUAGCCUUUGUCUUCUACUACUCUUAUAACACUAAGAGGUUCCUAGAUUGUCUUUACCAAACUCAUUUCCCAUGGCAAAGGCAGCCAUUUCCAACCAUGAAUUCCAUUAUGACCGAGCGAAAGAGGUUAAAGAAUUUGAACAAACGAAGGCCGGAGUUAAAGGGCUCCUGGACUCCGGUAUAUCGAGUAUACCUCGUUUCUUCAUUCAACCACCGGAAAACCUUUCACCAAGAGAUGGUUCUAGCCUUUCGGUUGAGUUUCCAGUGAUAGAUUUUGGUGAUGAUGGAUGUAAGGGAAGUUCGGAGGUAGUGAAGGAAAUACGCGAGGCUUGUCAAACAUGGGGAUUCUUCCAGCUUGUUAACCAUGGGAUCCCUGUAAAAGUCAUGGAGGAAUUGUUGGAGGGGAUCCGAAGGUUUCACGAACAACCUACACACGAAAAAACUAGGUUCUACACACGUGAUUUCAACCACAAGGUGAGGUACUAUAGUAAUGGAGAUCUAUUGGUAGCAAGAGCUGCUAAUUGGAGGGAUUCAAUAAGUUGUGAGUACCAGGAUGGUGAUCUCAACCCUGAAGAAGUUCCUCUUAUAUGCAGGGAAGCAAUAACUAAGUACAUGGGAAACACACUAAAUCUCAAGAAAAAGCUCUCUGAAGUACUGUCAGUGGCUUUAGGUCUUGAAAAGGAACACUUAGCCAAGAUUGAAUGCAUGGAAACUGCAAACUUGGUGUGCCACUACUAUCCUGCAUGCCCAGAACCACACCUAACCUUAGGUGCAACGAAGCAUUGUGAUCCAUCUUUCAUGACGGUUCUCCUGCAAGACAGCACUGGUGGCCUCCAAGUCUUCCACCAAGAUCAAUGGAUCGAUAUCCAUCCUAGGCCAGGAGCUUUGGUAAUCCAUAUCGGAGAUUUAAUGCAGUUGAUCACAAAUGCAAAGUUCAGAAGCGUUGAGCACAGAGUACGUUUAGGGCAUAACUGUCCAAGGGUAUCAGCUGCGUGUUUCUUCUAUCCGAGCACCAAGAAGAAAUAUGAAAUAUACAGGCCGCUAGAAGAGUUUCUAUCAGAGAAUAAUCCACCCUUGUACAGGGGAACGAGCGCCAACGAAUAUCUAGCUUAUUAUAGGACCAAAGGAUUAGACGGCCAGUCAGCCCUUCCCCAUUUUGAGUUGUCAUGAACUCAAUCUUACAUCAGUAAUUUAAUUGCUUCUUGUUA